AUGGCCCCAACACACAAUACUAUGGCCAUGUCCCUCUUCAAGUCCAACAAGAACCAGUCAGGCUCCGCUGCCACCUCCCCAGCGCAGACGCCUCGCUCUUCAGUCGAUGGCCAGCGUCUUGUCCAAGUCAAGAUGACCCGCGACCAGGCCCUCGAGAUGGCCCUCCGCAAGUCUGUGCAGACCAUGCCCGCCAAUUUCAGCCUCAUGUAA